AUAAAAACAACCAAAACAUAUAACUAAUAUUGACAUACACAUAUGUACGUAUUUGUAUAAGCAACAACAACAAACAGCCCCGUGAUCCAGGUGCAGUGACGUUAGCAGAAAUCAUACCAGUACGCAUACAUACACAGGCGAAAAGUGCGCUUUCAUUGCAACGCAGCGCUUGUGAUCUAUUUACUGUUGAUUAUUUUCCAAAUUCAUGCCACAUUUUCGGCUGAAUACCGCCUUUCUGGCAGUGCUGCCCAUUGCUACGCCUGCGCAUGUGUGCUAACGUGCCUGCCUACCCCACUAAGCAAAGCCGGACCGCAUGUGUGCUGACGCGAGUGUGAAGCGUGAUUUAUUGAGCGAACGUAAAGCGCAAGGCGCAAGUGAGAAAAGUAAAACGUGAACCCAAUUUAUAAAUAACAACAACAAUAAAAAACCCUCCCUCAAUCGACUAGUGAGCGCGUGGUCGUGGUGAAUCGAUGAGUUUCGCAUGCGCCUGCGAAUUACCAACCUAAAUCGAUAUUUGAAUGUCCGAGUGUGUGCGCGAAAUGUAGCAAACUUUUCUUUUUAACGCGAGCGUAAAAACGAGUACCCAGACACAGCGUGCUGGACUAAGUGAAUCGGGACUACAACGCGGUCGGUCAGUUAGUUGUUGUCACUCUCAAUAGAGCUGCCACAUACAAGUACAUACAUAUAUACAUACAAACGAGAGUAUAGCGUAUGCAGAGUUAUUAAAGCGCGUUUAGUGACCGGCAAAGUACCCAACUAACCUAGAUUCAAAUUUAGACACAGACAUAGCCGCAGCCACAGCCUCCGACAUUAUGGCUGCGCACAGCGCGUAGAAACAGGCUAACUAAAAUAAAGCAAACGCGAAACGCGCCUGCGCAGUAGACAAGAAUCUGCUAGCCAGCUUUGUGGAGGCAUAGGUGCUAAUACACGCCGCUAUUGCGAAUAACUGCGAGCCCCAACAAAUGUACUAGGCGCAAGGCGAAUGCAGCCAUAGUAAAUUUGAAAAUCAACUGACCAAAAGGUGCUGAAUUGACGACACGGACGACGGUGAGUGGUGUGGAGCUGAAAGUGCGGUGGCAAACAAGUUUAGUGCCACUAAAAGUGCAGCUACGACAACGGACCGCAAACAAAAAGUGACCUACAAAUACAGGUUUUCAUUUGGUUAUUGUGACGACCGACAACAACGGUCUGAACUAGAGCCGCAGCCAGAACAACAGCAGCCAACAUAAACAACAAACGAUCUACACAGACUAGCGAUAAAACAUAGCUACUAGCCAUACUAGUACAGAGUGGACUUGGACGCAGUAAGAGAGGCGACGGCGCAGACGACAGACGACGAGUGAAUCGCGUGUGCGCACCUAGGCGAAACCAGCUAUGGCAACCACAACCACACCAACAACAACAAUAAUGUCUACAACGGUGCCGGCAAUGCCGUUGAAAAAAGCUGGACCGCCCGUCCCACCGAGGCCAUCGCAUGCAAACGCGCACGCAGCGGGUUUAUUGAAAACACAACGCAAUGGAGAAUCAGUUAUGAAUGCUGCGACAGCGACAGCACAGAAUCGUAAAGCGACAACACCAACAAAUACAAUAACAGGCCCAUCAAUGGCAUCACCAACAGCGACCAGUUCGGCUACAACUUUGUCUUUGAGUGGUCGCGUGAGUGUUGGCAAUGUGAGCACAGCUGAGGCGACGCAACGCAAUUUACAACAUCCGAUUAUACAGAAGAAACCAACAUUGAGCUCAGUUGGAGCCGGAGCUGGCGGUCGUACGGUUAUUUAUAAGUCGCCCUCGAUGAGUGCACCCAAACGUCCGGAAGCACUAUCGCCCACAGCAAUCAAUAAUACCACUACCAACCGGCUUGGUCCAAAGCCGCCUUUAAAGCUACGUAAAGCACCCGAUAUACCAACAAUGAAACCGAACGCCACAGUCCCGGUGCAAAAUGAAGCUACAGCUUCAGUGCCAAAAGAUGGUAUUGCCACCAAAGUGCCUGUUAAUAUUGUGACCGGUAAAAGUCCAGCCCCACUGCCAGCUGCCACAGUGAGUGCAACCGAUAUGAGUAAUGUCAGUGGUGAUGUCGUUAUCGUCCAAACGUCGGCCAGCGCCGUCAAUCUCAGUCGUCAUCACUCCAUGGGUAGUGGCUCACCAAAAUCGCAAUCACAAACGAGCAGCCUUAAGGAUACACGUCUCAGCUUAGGCCGUGCUGAUUUCGAGCGCGUUGGCAAGAUACAGCUCGAUCAGUUGCCGACAUCGGUGCAACCCUUACCGCGUCCGCGUAAAAUUGUUAAGGUGCCUGUCGCCACGCUUGACUUGGAGGACACUUCCAUCAACAAUGGUUCACAAUCGAAUUCGUCCGGUGUGAAUAUUUUUCGUCGCUCGAAAACUACACUUGAUAACUUUACAUCACGUGCCAAUAUCACAACAAUCAAUACCGGAGCAAAUGCUUUUCUGGGCGGUAAGACAGCUGAGCUGAAAAACAAUCUGAAGAAUGCGGCCGAACGUUUAUUUUCGGAAAUAAUAGUUAACCAACAGCGUCACGGCAACGAAUCGCCUGUAAUAACAAAACAUGAGCCUGCUCUGCAACAUCACGCUACACCUCAUACCGCCACCGCUGGUGGUACCUCAGUCACCGUGGUUACAACCGGUGAGCUGGUCAAUAAUUGCACUCGUAUAAAUAUCAAUACGAAUACGAGUACUGAGGGCAUGGCUGGAAAUAUGGAAAAUAUCCUGAAAUCAACGGAGAAAAAGACAGCUUUCCAUGAGAUACUUAUAUCCGAAUUGGCAGCUAUGCGUGACAGAAGCAGCUCCAUGGAGAACUUGACUAGCGCAGGAACACCUAUACUCAUUAAGAAAGAACAAACGCCACUAAGCAGUCCAGUAUCGGAGCCGAUCACCAAGUUAACAACCAUAAACGCAAAUGAAGCGGCAACACCAACAAAAGCAACAACAAAAGUAUCAUUAAGCAGCAACACUUUAAGCCACAACAACAUCGAUAUCCCUAACAACAAAACACGUCAGCGCUGUAAUUCCAUUGAAGAUGCGGAUCCCGACACCGAAGAUGUCGAUGCUGAUAACGUAGAAGACACCGAAGAUGGUGAGGAAGACGAUAUGCAAAAGAAUAAUCGUAACAAUAAAUUGAACGGUGUUGGCACACCGAGAAAACGUUGCCCUUCAGGCUGUUCGUCAGACUCAUCGCCUUAUGGCACUGAACGUUCGGCGCGCAUACGCACUUCCGAUUGGAUUGAGGUAGGCGAUAAUGGCAAAGAGGUCACUAUGACCAGCUGUCACAUAAGUUUGGAGGAUUCGGGUUUGGAGGAUGAAGAGCGUUUAGAUGAAAUGUCAUCGCUCGGCGUUGGAGAUUCUUGGGAUAGUGUAAAGGAGGCAGAAAAUGUCAAACGGUGCCGCACUGUUAAGAGAAUUUUGUCUAUCACCGAUCUGCCACCUUUGCCAAAAAGUCUUAGUGGUAUCAAUAAAAUGCUCGGCUCCGAUUCGGGUUUGAUCAGCGACGAUGCCGGUGUCAAUAUGGAAAACCAAAACAACAAUCACAACAACAUUAGCGCCGGUAGUGCGCAAAGUUUGAGCAACAGCAAUCUGGACAAUAGCGUAGAAUACCAAAACGGCGAUAAUAAUAAUAACAGCAACAACAACAGCAACAGUACUACGAAUAGCGUUAAUAAUAUUGGCAAAAAUGAAUUGAACACAGCGAAAUUGUUGGAAAGUAACGAAAUGGACGUGAGCAACAAGUCAAAGACAUCGAAUGCCGCACCACUACCAACCACAACAACAGCAGCGAUAGCAACAACAAAUGUGAAAGAAGCAACCACGACGGCAGCGUCAGCCGCAGCGGCGACGCCCGCGAAAUCAGGCGUCAGCUCGAACGCCGCUGGCGCUGGCGGUGCGGUGGCGAGCGUGACAGGAAGCACACUGGAUACGCAAUUAGCCAUUUUGAGAAAAGAAAUGAAUCUGAAACUUUGGAAAAAUCAACUACGGUCACGUGCAGGGAGAGCCAAGGCGCACAAGGUGGUGACAGGUGGCGGUCCCAGCUCAACAAUUGAGCUCUCUGAAAUGGAGAAGAGAUCGUUGGAUACGUUGGGGUCAAUCGCGGUUGAUGGGUUGGCUGAUGUACCAGCCAUUGGCACAGAGGUAAGAAUAGCAAGAAAGACCAAUACGAGUGUGCAGAAGCUAGCGACUGGUGGAGGCCCUCCGAUAAAAGAAAUAACGGAGUUCGAGGAGCAAGUCAUUACAACCUAUGGGGCAGCAGCGGUGGAUGGAUUGCCGGGUGUUGGGACUUUGGGUCACCAGGUUUUGCCGCCGUUGUAUUUAAAUACAGAACCAGUACCCGCUCAAGCUCCAGCUUUCUCUCCAACAGUCACAUCGUCUGCUGCAGCUUUUCCUGCUCUCUCAAUAAAUUUUUCUUCCUCACCAUCACCUCCAGAUUUGUCCUUUUCUUCCUUAUCUCCUCCCAUCUUACCUUCUCCUAUGCCAUCGCCUACUUACUUCCCUUCUGAAGGUAAAUUGACUGCAGCGAAGAUGCUUGGAGCUGUGCUAAAAAAAAUAGAGGACCGUGAAAAGCGAGAGGAGGAGGCCAUUGCUCUACAAAAGAAAAUUGUAAAGCAAAACGAGCAGAUGACGGGGGUGCUGAACCAAAUGUCACAAGUACUAACCUCGAUGUCAGAGGUUAUGGUUAAAUUGUGCGAAAAAUUAAAUAAAUGA